AUGGCUGCUUUGUUACGGUUUCUGCCGCUGGAAGGCAAUAAUAUAGACAAGACUAACCUCGCGACUAAUGAAUCGACACAUGCCACAAACUCCAAGUCGCUCUCCAUGAGCUCCCAAGGCCUUCAGCUCCCCAAGCUCCCCAUAGCCCCCAAGCACCAAGCACCACCGGAAAUAUUCACUCUUCAGCGUCAAUACACCCUGGAUGUCCUAGACCUUGAAGACAAGGCUUCAAACCUGCUGCGCACAUCUUGCACGAAGGCACAAAAUGUCGCCGUAAACAAAACCCUGCAGGCCCUUACAGCUCAGGCUAAUCGUGGUAUCAUGGGCGCCACCGUACCGGUAGCAUAA